ACUGUUUACUCUCAUUGUUUAAGUCUGAGGCCAGGCUCCAAUUUCUGUCUGGGCUAAACGCAACAUCUGCUUGAAAGGUGCAAGAUUUCUCGGCUUAUAACCCAAACAAAGUGGUCAACAAAAAUUGCACUGCACCGCUGAAAAAACAGACAGAAGGCCGACUUUCAUAUUGACAGCAAACAAUUACCAUUCUGCCACCGAAGAGACAGGUGAAAGCCGCAGGGAAAAUUAAAAGGAAAAUUAAACAAUUAAAGCAAACAAGAUGAGCGAUUCAGAAGUUAAUAUCGGGGAAUUGGCCGAGGCCGAGUACAUCUGUGGAUGGAUUUUGGACCUGUGCAGCAAGGAGGACCGUCCUUUGGCCAUGCUAGAGCUUUGCGAGCGUCGCCGAAUAAUCGUAAAUCUCGGUCCCAUGCUGUGGCAGUCGUUUGGCGCUGUGGCCGGGCUAUUGCAGGAGGUGAUUGACGUCUAUCCGGCGGUGUCGGCCAACAGUUUGGAUGACCAGCAGUCGCAGCGCGUAUUCGCGGCCCUCAGCCUCUUCUUGUCCAUGGCCAAGCAUCCGGAUACUGGAGUGCUACUGAUGCGCACCCACGUGUUCUACUAUCUGAUGCCACUGCUGAGGCUGACCCAGAAAACGCGUCCCAUCGAGCACGUGCGACUCUCGGUCCUGAUCAUCAUCUGUGGGCUGCUGAAAAAGAACACAACGGAGAUCAUCUGCUACACAAUGGCCGCCGAGCUGAUUCCUCAGCUCCUGCGCCAGCUGGAGCACGGCUCGAGCAUUAGCAAAACACUCUCUUCGUUUAUUCUCUACCGCAUCCUGGACAAUGCGGUGGGCCUGAAGUUUGCCACCCGUCGUCUGUCCCGUCGAACCCAUCUGAUCCACACUCUGGGCCGCGUCAUCCAUCAGCAGACGCUGGAGCCGGAUCCUCGAAUCCUGCAACAUGUCUUGCACAUCUACACGCGUCUGGCCGACAAUCCCGAGUCCCUCGAGAUGAUCCAGCUACACUUGCCGAUGCAGCUGCGCAAUGGCUUCUUUUGCAUGGAUAAUGUGCUCAGUUAUGACACCGUCAAGUCCGACCUGCAGACACUCAACGAGAAGGUGGCCAUUAAGCCCAUUAAGUCGCAAGCAGGAGAAUCCCUCUGUUCAAUUAAUUGACGCACACGGGCAGUUUACACCUCGACAAGUUUCCUUUUUCGUUUAACCUUUAUGUAAUUUUUCUUGAGAAUAUAUUUGUACUUAUGUAUGUAUGUAGCCUUGCACCCACUCGGGGGAGCCCUGGCAUCAGCA